ACGUGACUUCCUCCUUAAUUAAGCCCCAGUCUCCCAAUUAUGCCGAAGGUGAGCGGUCACCGCAAGUCUAAAGUGGAUUAGUCAACAACAAAAACAACAAGAUGGACUUAACUUAGAUUUUGAUCGAUUUUCGUCGCAUUUUCUGAGAAAGAAGCAAUAGCAUACACUAAAAUACACAAUGUAGUUCUCUUCGAUGAUCUGCUUUCAUCCUAGCUUCGAUUUUGGAGCGAAACCGGUGCGAUAAAGCCGGCCAAAUGAGUGCACUGGAAUUCGACUCAGGUUUGAUAUUUCGUUAAAUUUUAAUUUGUUGGCUUUUUGUAAACCGUUUAACGGCAGGAAAAGCCAUGUGUUGGCUUAGUUAAACCGCAGUUAAAAGAAACUAGUGUAGUUUUGUUUUAUUUUUCUUGUUUAGGGCUUGUUUCGACGUCUAAAACCGGUUGUACUAACAAUAUAAACGGUCGAAAUCAAAAUUCUGAUAGCAAGGUGAAGACUUUAAAACCGCCAAGUGCUAAAGCAAACACAAAUCACUCGAAAACCGAAGGUAAGACACAGUCGUAGUUAAAUUUGGUAGUAAAACUCUAAAAUAUGUCUAUUACAGUUUUAAUUGUAAUAUAAUUCGAUGAUUUAAUUUUGAGCAGAAUAUUCUGGCAUUUCCUGACCAAGUAUAUCUGUAUGUAAUAUCUGGCUGCUAUUGAAUCUUAGGGGCUGUCUAAUAUAUAGAAGCCGGGCUGGCCCGCUUAGUGAGACAGGUCGGUAAGCGAGAUCUCGCUAUAUAGUUAGUUUUAUGGUAAAAAUUGAUGUUCGUUUAUAUAUAAGGACAAACGGAUGGCCCAAUUGCUGAGAUCUCACUUGAAAGAGUCGUGCGAUCUUGCUUACCAGGAUGACUAGACAGCCGGGUAUUUAGUAAACUGUCGGCAAUAUCGGGCAAAAAGUAGUCCGCUACAGUGGAUAUGGGCCGGACCACGUUUCACUUCGCACGCAAUGUUACUGACCAGCCUCGCUGAACACAAUCACAAAAUCACAAGUUUUAUAUUACUAACCCAUUGAGCCGCAAUACGCCCCAGUGCGCCCUACUUAUUUUUCUUACUUGUCUAACGCCAGAAGAUUUUACUCGUCAGUGCAGAAACUCUGCAGCUUAAUGGGUUAACCAAAAAAUCUGACAAUGUCUCUAGUUAACCCAUUGAGCCCCCAGUGCACCCUACUUAUUUUUCUUACUUGUCGAAUCUCCAGAAGAUUUUACUCGUCAAUGGGGAAGCUCUGCAGCUUAAUGGAAUAAUGGGCUAAACAAGAAAUGUCCGCUGUUAAAUGACCAGCAAUUUACUAAACUGCCAGCUAUCUAUAGUCACAGAUCAUUAAAAUUACCCUCCGUGGUAUUAUAUUACUGCAAAAAUUUAUAUUGUGUUGAUAUGAGAUUGUAAAGAAAGUGUUGGUCCGCUUGGCAAAAUUCUGUCAGACGGCAGGAUGAAAACUUGUCCAUAACGCCCAGUUGAAACGAGGAUGAUAAUUUAUGAGAGUUGCCAGUCGAGCUCUAACCACAAGUUUGUAUUAGAGCGCUGCACCGAAUUGCAGGUUCGAUUCCUACCAGGGACCUAUAGUUGUAUUUUUCACAGAGCUCUGCUUCUCUAUUUUUCACAGCUGUUUCUGUUUAUGUCUAAUAAAUGUAUAUAAAUUUCCACUUGAUAAUUUGUAUCUACGAGACCCUUCAACUAUUAUUGAAUCGAGCAUGAUGCCAACAAAAUCUUCAGUUGAUAUUUAAUUAUGAGUACCAUAAUGGAAAACUAGUCGGCUAUCGGUACGCAAGAAUGUUCAUCACUUUGUGACUAGCUCAUUCAUGGCUUUUGUCUAUUUGCCAAGUCUUACCUUUGCAAUAAUUUGUGGCUAAGCUCGACUAGGGCUCGUUAAGUACUAUUUAUUAUAUAAAGUAUAGUGCUUUAUAGAGAUUUCGAGCACUGAUAAAAGUGAUAAUCUCACAUGUGAGAUUAUUCAUGAUAAUAGAUAGCUUAAGAUCUACGACGUCGACGGCAGCUAGGACGUCAGGGCUAUGCAGAGGACUGGGACUAGGAUAUUGUUCUAAUGUAGUCCCAGUCCUCUGCUUAGCCCUGACGUCCUAGCUGACGUCGACGUCGUAGAUCUUAAGCUAUCUAAUCUCACAUGUGAAAAUGCUUUUCAAAGACUGUCCUUUAUAUAAUAAACAGAAAAAUACAUGGGUGCUUGGGGAUACCAGAUUUAUUUCUCAUGUUGAACAUGAUAUCUCACUCGUUCGCUGCGCUCACUCGUGAGAUAUCAUGUCCAACACUCGAAAUAAAUCUGGUAUUUCCAAGCACGCAUGUAUUAUUCUCUAUUUAAAACACAAAUAGGAGUGCUUUAUCAGAUAUAAAACACAAGAGCGGAGCUUGAUUGUUUUACAUCCGAUAAAGCAUGAGCUGCGAAUGUUUUAAAUGGCUUAAAAACCGACCCAUCUGAUGAGUUCGUUGGCGAAGUAAUUUUAAAAAUAAACGUUGUCCAAGCCGAAAAAAUCAAAGCUAAAGUUUAGUAAAUGAACAUGAUUUUUUAUCACAUAUGAAACCACCGACACAGCAGUAAUUUCUUUUUUAUUUUCCUCAUGAAUUAUUAAUGCGUUUUAAAAUAUUAUAUAACUAUUUAAUGAAAUAAUUUGAACUUAUUAAAUAUUAUUGAGACGUUCUCUGAGCAAAUUAUGUUUAACCCAUUGACUUGCAUUGUGCCCUGAUAACCCUACUUUAUUAUUUACUCUGUCUAACGACAGACGAUUUUACGAGAGAGUGUUGCCGCUCAAUGCAUUAAUGUAUGUAACAAUAAAUAAUUUUUAGUAUUUGUAACGUGUUAUUUAUUUAUAUAUUUAAUAUUCGCCCAAAUCAUUUCAUAAAAUUAGCAAUUAAAAUAGAAAAUAUUUACAAUAGUAGGGCUAGGAACCUUCUAGAGACCAUAAGGCCUUUAUUUAAGGUCUCUACAAUUUAAAUUAAUAUAAUAUUAAAAGUUAAUACCAGUCCAAUUGUUUUCAAAGAAAUUACGGUGAUAUAUUUACACUAAGGAAGCACUUUCCAUAAAGAUAUAAUAGACUAUAAGUAUAACAACUUUGUGCCAAGAAUUCUACUUAUUUUAAUUUGACAGAAGAAAAUAUUUUUUCAUUGUUAUUAGCGAGUGUGCUUUUUUAUAAUUUGUUCUAGUACAACUUUUGUGUGGCAAUAAUGCGUUUCCUGUGUUAUAAUUAUGGAUUACUUUGUUAGUUAAAAAUAUUUAUUAAAAGGUUCUGGAAGAUUUUGUAAAUGAAAAUAUCAGAACAUAAAUAAACUUGUUAAAAAAUCAUUCAAUUCAUACAAGUGCUUUAGUGUUUUAAGUACUAUUUAAAGCACGCGUAGGAGUGUUUUAUCACAUAUAAAACACGACGCGUAGCGGAGUAUUUUAUAUGUGAUAAAACACGACUAUACAAGUGCUUUAAAUGGCUUAAAAAACGACUCAUCUUAUACGAGUUCAUUGGCGAAGUAAUUUUUAAAAUAAACUUUGUCUAAACCGAGAAAACCAAAGCUAAAGUUUAUGUAAAUUAACAUGAUUUUUUAUCACAUAUAAAACCACGACACGCUUAUGAUUUUUCUUUGUGUUUUGCUCCUGAAUUAUUAAAGAGUUUUUUUAAAGUCAUUAAAACAGUAUUUGAAGUACUAUUUAAAACAUGAGCAGCAGUGUCUUAUCAGAUAUAAAGAGGCGAAGACGAGUAUCUUUAGGUCUGAUAAAACACGCACUGCGAAUGUUUUAAAUUGCUUCAAAAACGAUCAAUCUAGUAAGUUCAUUGGCGAAGUAAUUUUCAAAAAAUACGUUGUGUUAGUCGAGAAAAUUAAAGUUUAUGUAAAUCAAGACUGAGAAAUCUCUAUCACAUAUAAAGAUACGACACGCUUAUGAUUUUUCUUUGUGUUUUCCUCGUGAAUUAUUAAGAGCAAUUUUUUUCACUCUCACGUAUUUGCAAUGAAAAGUGUUCAAAACCUAAAAUCUUUUUGGCGUUUCUCUCAAAUUACUUUGUUUUAGCUUUAUUCUCUAGUUUAUAGAGUUAGCUACCUUUUUAAAUACAUCUGCCGGUUGAGAAACAUAAAAUAGUAGUUAAAAAUUGUCAAUUAAAAUACAAUUGUCAGUGAUGCUUUAAAAUUGACGCCAUAUAUUUACAUCCAUUAUAAGCAUAACUAACUGAACUUCAGACAUCAUUUUCUCUUUGGCGUAUAAUCUAAAAUCUCUUCAUUUUGGCAUUAUUUUACAGAUAAAGCACUAAACAUACUUUUUAAGUUUGUUUGCCGAUUGAGAAACGUAUGGAAAAAUAAAAAUUUUGAAUUUAGUCAUAACCUCAAGUGAUAUAUUAUACGCAUUAGUUUUGAACGCUUGGUACGUAACAUACAAAAAAAUCUCCUCUUAAUGAGUUUGGGAUUAAGGUCACGUAACUAUUUAUACUGUCGUAUAGAUUAUUAUCUAUUUAUAGAUGAACUGCAAAAAAUGCAGAACAUCCGUACUAAUUUGACGGAAACGACGUAAGAUGGCGAUCCGGGAUUUGAGAAGUGAACUCGAUGUUUCUAGAUCAAUGUUUUAUGUUUGAUUGUUAUAUAAAUACUUGGAUAUUUCAGAAUCAGGGUUAGAGGAGAAUGUUUAUUCAUUGUCUGAAGGAUUUACGAAGUGUACGCGAUCGUAUACUUGUCUGAAAUUGUCACUUUUACACAUAAUUAAAACUGCUGAUACAUGAUUAAAAAAUAAACUCUUAAGAUUAUAUAUUAAACUCUAUUACCGAUUUGUCAUAUCUUGAUUAGUUCUCGAAAUAUUUAGAUCGAAAUUAAUGAGUUGUCCGCCGUCUUGGACUAAUCCUUGACCUCAUUAACUAUGGUUUUGAUGACGUCAGGAGUUGGGUUAACCAUAUAAAACUACUCUAAAAUGACCGAGUAACAAUCCUAAAUUGUUUGAAAUGUUUUUAAUCAUUUCAAAAUUUCAGACAGCAACCAGAAACGAAGUUUUGGACCCAUAUUGAUCGGUUACUCUCAAGAUAAAUAAUUAGCGUGACCCCUCUCUUCACGUAACAUGCAUAUCCUCAAUAAUCCAAGAUGGCGAACAGCUCACUUUUUUCAGUCGAGAUAUUUUGAAAACUAAGAAAGAUAUGAAUAAUCUGUAAUAGAGUUUAAUAUAUAGUUUUAAGAGUUCUUUCAAAUGAACUAAGCUAAUUUUUUAUUGCCAUUGUCCUUUAAUUUAAAUAAUAAAACUAGUUUCAUAUUAAUCUGACACUGCAAUCGAGCAACGAAAAAUUCGUUGGCUCGAGCGGGAUUUGAACUCGCAUCUCCGGGUAUCUAGACCGCCGCUCUACCUAUUGAGCUCUCGAGUUAAGUCGUCACGAAAAUAUUUCGUGCACUUAAAUUGGAUAAGACUCGCUACCAAUCCCUGUUGACUCGAUAGCUCAAUAGGUACAGCGGCGGUUUAGAUACCCGAAGAUGCGAGUUCAAAUCCCGCUCGAGCCAACGAAUUUUUCGUUCCUCGAUUGCAGUGUCAGAUUAAUAUGAAACUAGUUUUUCGUAUCUCUGAGGAUGGUUCUGAAAUUAAACAAAAAAUAAAAUAGACUACCUUAUUAUUCGUGUAUGUACAUCGUAAUUUAGCUUAGCUAUUGAAUGUGUAAAAAACCCACAAUUCUUAUAAUGUUUUGUUCCUCGAUUAUAGAUACUAAGUCUGCAGAAGGUGGCAAGCUUUUACGAGAUAAACAAAUCGAAGAACGAAAAAAGAAAAACGCGGAACGGAAAGCGGCCGUCGAGGACAGACGGAAGCAAAAAGAGCGCGAAGAUCGUGCGAAACACGAAGCUCUGAGACAUCUUUUAGAUCAUAAGCCCUCCUCCAAGACGACCGGUCGGAAAUUACCCAACGUACCGAGCAAUGGUACGGCUUUCCCCCGUCGGGAAACGUCGGCGACGCGAAGGCUAUCUUCGAGUUCUAGCUCGAGCGAGGGGCACACGCCACCCGGAUCGGGAAAAGGCACUCGGAAUACGAGACGGAAUUUAACCGGCCCUAGCUCGGCAUCUACGUCUAGUUUGAACAGCUUCGGGAGCAAUUUAGGCACUGGUAAGCCGAACGGUAACUUAGGGGUAUUGAAGAAGACGAGUGUUAGUACAAAUAAUUUGAACGAAGGUGGGUUAGGUCAUAAGGCGGGGCAACGGGCGAAAGACAAAGGGACGGAGGUAGGGGCCUCUGCUCGGAGAAGCGUCGGCAGCUCGAUACCGAAGGCACAGUCGAUGGGCGCAAUACACCAGGUCGGGCAUACCAAGCCGUCCCGGCCGACCGCGGGUAAGAAGGCGAAGCCAAAGGCGAAACCGACACAUCACGCUGGAACGAGUAACGAAGCUGAGGCCGGCAGGGCCCUGGCUGAACAUCGCAAGAAAAUGCGGGAAGAGGCCGAAAGGAAGGCAUUGUUGGAUAAGGAAAAGCAAGAGGAAUUACGAAGACAACGAGAGGAAGAAGAGAAACGUUUGGCUGAGGAGAAUGGUAGGUUUUUAAUGGCGGCUACUCGAACUAAUCGCUACAAAAAUUGUUUUAUACUUUCAAUAUCAAAUGAGUACUUAGAAUAGUGAGGCAGGGUUCGUAGCGGUCUUUGAAAUCCUUGAAAGUCUUUAAAUUGGAAUGUAGGUCUUUGAGGUCUUUGAAAAGUCUUUAAAUUGUGUGAAAAAGCGAAGAAAGUCUUUAAAAGUCUUUGAAUUCUUUAGUGAGUGUUUGAUUAUAUGAUUUCCUAGCUAAUAAAAUAGAUUGAAUGAAGCAAGAUUUUCGCAAAUAUCGACGAAAAGGCCAUUUUAGGAUGUGAUUUGACGGGACUAAUUACUGGGUAACAAUGGUGCUUACACUCGCAAUUUUUCGACAGCUGAUUGCCCUCAAAGGUCUUUGAAAAGUCUUUGAAAAUAGGCAGAAAAAAUCUUUGAAAGUCUUUGGAUUUUUUUGGUCUUGGAGACUACGAACCCUGUGAGGAUAUACUAUUCAUUUUUAACGUUUUAUAUGUUUAUGUGUAUAUGUUUAUGCACAGCCUAUCGAAUGGAAGAUGGCUGUGAAACUCAUUAGAAUAACAAUGUAACUCAUUAUCUAUAUUAGUCAACGUUUAUUCAUAAAUCUAGUCCUUCACCGUCAUGUGUGUAUUGUAUUUUUGCUCAACUAACCAAUAGCAAUGUUUUAGGAAAGUUACCUAUCCGUGACUCGAACAAUAGGGUAAAUUGGAAAUUACUUAUUGGUGGAUUUGGCAAAAAUACAAUACACACGUGACGGUGAAGGACCAGAUUUAUGAAUAAACGUUGACCAACAUAGAUAAUGAGUUAUAUUGUUAUUCUAAUGAGUUUCACAGCCAUCUUCCCUUCAAAAGGCCAUGGUUUAUGGGUGUCAUUUAUCUGUUUCAAAAACUCAUUAAUAAUUCACGAGGAAAACACAAAGAAAAAUCAUAAGCGUGUCGUAUCUUUAUAUGUGAUAGAGAUUUCCUUUGAUUUACAUAAACUUUAACUUUGAUUUUCUCGACAACGUAUUUUUUGAAAAUUACUUCGCCAAUGAACUUACUAGAUCGAUCGUUUUUGAAGCAAUUUAAAACAUUCGCAGUGCGUGUUUUAUCAGACCUAAAGAUACUCGACUUCGCCUCGUGUCUUUAUAUCUGAUAGAACAAUGCUGCUCAUGUUUUAAAUAGUACUUCAAUAUGUAUCAUUUGUAAAUUUUACACAUUCCAGCCAUUGUAGGCUGCGAUGUAAAAUUCUAUUAAACUAUCUGUCUGCAGAUGCUUGUGAUGUUACUCUGAGUGUACAUCGGGCAGGCUUGAAAAAAUAUGCCUGGCCACGGUGGGAAUCGAACCUACGACCUUUGGAAUACUAGCCCAAUGCUAUUCGAAUCCAAUUUCGAUUCCCACCGUGGCCGGGCAUAUUUUUCAAGCCUGCCCGGUGUGGAUGUACACUCAGAGUAACAUCACAAGCAUCUUAUUCACCUGAGUACAUUACACCAACACAGCAAAUAUCUGUCUGUAUUUAUUUUAGCGAAAGAAAUGGCUAGACAAGCAGAGCUUGCCGUACAACUUCAAAAACAACAGGACGAACGCGCCAAACUGCUUCGAGAAGAGCGCGAGAAAGAGGCGGAAGUCGAAGCGGAGAAAUUAGCGGAAGAAUUAAAACACAAAGAGGAAAUGGAAGUUUUAAAACGACAAGAAAUGGAACGAAGGGCUGCAGAAGCCGAACGGCGCGAGAAAGAAGAGGAGGAGAGAUUGCAAAGGGAGGAAAUAGAACGGCAGGAAAGACGGAAGGUAUAAUGGCACGAUUAUGACCCAGGGGGCGGAUCUAGGCUCAUCUGCAAGGAGGGGUACCGGUUUUCCAUGGGGUGGUGCAUCUGGGAGCCUUACUGCCCACUCUCCUCUGCAGUCUGCAACGCUACUAUCCCAACAUUACCAUUAUUUGAGUUGGCCGAAUCUGCAUGUUCGCCGUUCUGUUACGUUUUACAUUAUCUUUUGUCUAUAAAGUUUAUAUCAGAUUUUUAUCACGUAUGCGUGACUGGACAGUACAGUAAAUUUGCUUGUUAAAGUACAGUAUAUUUGAAAAUAUCGCUGUAUAACAACCUCAACAUGUUUGCAUAUUUAACCAUGAUACUUAACUAAAGCAUUCUGAGUAUUUUCACGUGAGCUCAUAAAUCAAUUCGUUUCAAGAAAUCGACACGCGCUAACAGUAGAAGUUCCGCUAUUCGGAAAGUAGAAAACGUUUACGGACAAGCUGAUUUAAAAUCGCUUCAGCACAUAAUAUGACGUGUAUUGAAUCAUAAUUAUUGCGUAAAAUUUUAGAGAGUUGAAAUGAUUAUGAGCAGGACAAGAAUGACAUCGACUGUGAACAGUAACAUGACGAAAGCUGAGAGUUAUUCAUCUUUAGAGGUAUUAUGACCAUUUACACCCCAACAUUUUUUCUUUAUAAGAAUCUAAGUCUCGUUAACUUUAUUUAUACUUGGUAAAUCUUAGUCUCUAGAUGUUCAGUAAGGAUCAUCUGUUAGAGGUGUCCAGUAAGGAUCAUAUCUUAUUGAUCCAGUGUUGCUACACAAGGAAAUCUAAACUAAACUAUUAACUUUAUUUAUACUGGAUAGCUCUAUCAGUUCUAAACUGUUCUCCCUAGAGGUCCAGUAAGGAUCAUCUCUUAUUGAUCCAGUGUUACUACACAAGGAAACCUAAACUAAACUAACUUUAUUUAUACUGGAUAGCUUUAUCAGAAGUCCAUUAAGGAUCAUCUCUUAUUGAUCCAGUGUUACUACAGGAAAAAGCUUAAACUAACUUUAUUUAUACUCGAUAGCUCUAUCAGUUCUAAACUGUUCUUCCUAGAGGUUCAGUAAGGAUCAUCUCUUAUUGAUCCAGUGUUACUGCAGGAGGAAACCUGAACUAAACUAACUUUAUUUAUACUGGAUAGCUCUAUCAGUUCUAAACUGUUCUUCCUAGAGGUCCGGUAAGGAUCAUCUCUUAUUGAUCCAGUGUUACUACAAGAGGAAACCUAAACUAAACUAACUUUAUUUAUACUGGAUAGCUCUAUCAGUUCUAAACUGUUCUCCCUAGAGGUCCAGUAAAGAACAUCUCUUAUUGAUGCAGUGUUACUACAGGAAGAAACCUAAUCCAAACUAACUCUAUUUAUACUAGAUACCUCUAUCAGUUCUAAACUGUUCUCCCUAGAGGUCCAGUAAAGAACAUCUCUUAUUGAUGCAGUGUUACUACAGGAAGAAACCUAAUCUAAACUAACUUUAUUUAUACUAGAUACCUCUAUCAGUUCUGAACUGUGCUAAAAUGCCUUGCCCAUUACAAUAUAAGCACAUUGGGAUUUUUUUCUCUGUUAGGACCUCUCCACGAAAUUAUCAGAUGAAUGUCAUUCAAGUACAGUAUCAGAAAUCUUACAAAAAGUCAAGGAAAAAUCGCGGGCCAGUCCUAGCCCGGAGAAAGACAUUGAUCUACAAAAGGAGAACCAACAAUUGCUUGAAAAUUUAGGAAAAGAUUCAUUGGAUGGUAAAAAUGAAAUCUCAAAUGAUGUGCUUCGGCCAAUUGACAAUUCUAGUAAGUUACAAUUGAAUUAGAAUUCUUAGAGCGCUGCAGCGAAAUCGCAGGGCGUUGGUUUAAUUCCUACCAGAGUGUCUGUAGUUGCAUUCUCUAGUAAAUUUAUAAAAUUUAGUAGACGUAGUAAAUUUCCAUCUACCAAAAUCUCUACAAUUCUACAGAUGGGGCUUCGGUGGCGAAGUAGUUAGCGCACUUGCCUUUCACCUCUAAGGUCGCAGGUUCGAAUCUCAAUGAGGACUUCUCAUUGUGACUGGAACCCAGUCCUAAUGUGAAAAGAGUAAGUCAAAGCUCUGCCGAAAGUCGUGGGUUUUCACCGGGUACUCCGUGUUUCCUCCCACAGGGAAAGUUGACAGGGUGAGUUAGGCACAUAAGGUCUGGAGGCAGAUCAUUAAUGAGGUAUGGACUAAUAGCGGCAGCUCAAGCGCCAUUUGUAAGCUCAAAGUCUACCUCGGUCUGCUUCACGUCAGUCCGUUUGAUCUAUCUAAUCAUUAUGUAAAACUUCUGCAAUUCAGUGUGUGUUGCCAUGGAAGUUCAAAUAUACUAUCUACCUUAAAAUAUCGGUCAGAGAAACGUCUCUCUUAAAUUCGAGUUUCGGUCGAACAUUUGUAUUGUAAUAUCCGAUGACUUUGAGUUCAGUUUGGCUUGGAAAUAAGUAUGAAUACAGACGCAAAUUAAUAUCAGUACAAUUUGGAAAAGUCUCUUGAAUCUUGGCAAUGAAUUUCCGAAAUUCGCGGUGAAAAUCCCGCACUUGAUUAAACAUUUCCAGUUCACUUUUUAUACAUUACUCUGAUUGUCCAUUUAACAUACGAGCCUUUAGUCCUGGACUAGAGUACAUUUUGAUUUACAUCGGAUAAAGUUACAGUUAGGUCGGGCACCGAUUCACUUGGGUCAGACAAACAAUAAACUUAAGUUUUACUUAAGUCUAGUGGUUUCGUCUCGGCGUCGGACAAUUUUACGAAUGGGUUUGGACAAUGUCUGCGUCCGGACCGAUAUUUUAAUGGCUGAUUCUAUAGUAAGUUUGCUUUAGUACUUAUAUUUAAACUCUAUUAUAUAGGUACUGAUUUUGGAC